AUGGGCGAGCAGCGUAAUCAACCUGUCGUCGGCGCCGGCGUCCUAGCCAUGCCCCUCGCCCUCUCCCGCAUGGGCAUUGUCCUCGGCGUCUUCGUCAUUCUCUGGUCCGGCCUCACCGCGGGCUUUGGCCUCUAUCUGCAGACGAAAUGCGCGCGAUAUCUCGACCGGGGCGCUUCGUCGUUUUUCGCGCUCAGCCAGAUUACGUACCCGAAUGCCGCCGUGGUGUUUGAUGCCGCGAUCGCGGUUAAGUGCUUUGGGGUCGGCGUGUCGUAUUUGAUUAUUAUUGGGGACCUGAUGCCGGGUGUGGUGCAGGGUUUUGUGGAAGAGGGGGGCUUGGAAGGUGCUGGGUUUGUGUUUGAGCGGCGGUUUUGGGUUACGGGGUUUAUGUGA